AUGUCUGCACUAGGGCCAAGGCUUGGAGUGAUUUACCUGAAGAGUGACACCAUUUGGAAACCACUGAAGAAACCCAAGACAGCUGAAAACCAGAAGGCGUCUGAGGAGAAUGAGAUUACUCAGACGGGUGCAUGCAGCGCCAAGCCAGGCCUUCCCUGCCUGAACCUUGAAGCUGUUCCGCCUCUGAGCCCAGCCCUCACCCACUCAUCACAGUCACCAACAAACCUGCCCGCACACACAGGGUCAUCUGAUUGUAACAUCAGUUGCAAGGGGAUGACAGAGCGCAUUCACAGCAUCAACCUUCACAACUUCAGCAAUUCUGUGCUCGAGACCCUCAACGAGCAGCGCAACCGUGGCCACUUCUGUGACGUGACGGUCCGCAUCCACGGGAGCAUGCUACGCGCCCACCGCUGCGUGCUGGCGGCUGGCAGCCCCUUCUUCCAGGACAAGCUGCUGCUGGGGUACAGCGACAUCGAGAUCCCCUCAGUGGUGUCAGUCCAGUCCGUGCAAAAGCUCAUUGACUUCAUGUACAGUGGGGUGCUGCGGGUCUCACAGUCAGAGGCCCUGCAGAUCCUCACAGCUGCCAGCAUCCUGCAGAUCAAGACUGUGAUUGACGAAUGCACAAGGAUCGUCUCGCAGAAUGUGGGGGAGGUCUACCCAGUGAUUCAGGACUCUGGGCAGGAGACGCCCAGGGGGACCCCCGAAUCGGGCACCUCAGGGCAGAGCAGCGACACAGAGUCUGGCUACCUGCAGAGCCACUCGCAGCACAGCGUGGACAGGAUCUACUCGGCUCUUUAUGCCUGUUCCAUGCAGAAUGGCAGUGGGGAGCGCUCCUUCUACAGCGGAGCAGUGGUCAGCCACCAUGAAACAGCCCUGGGGCUCCCCAGAGACCAUCACAUGGAAGACCCCAGCUGGAUUACACGGAUCCACGAGCGCUCACAGCAGAUGGAGCGGUACCUCUCCACCACUCCAGAGACCACACACUGCCGCAAGCAACCACGCCCGGUCCGGAUCCAGACCCUGGUGGGCAACAUCCACAUCAAACAGGAGAUGGAGGAUGACUAUGACUACUAUGGCCAGCAGAGGGUGCAGAUCCUGGAGCGUAAUGAGUCUGAGGAAUGCACUGAGGACACUGACCAAGCAGAAGGCACUGAGAGUGAGCCCAAGGGGGAGAGUUUUGACUCUGGAGUCAGUUCCUCCAUUGGGACUGAGCCUGAUUCCAUGGAGCAGCAGUUCAUGGCUAACCUGGGCCGAGAGGGUCAGCAGGAACCUUCCCAAGUAGAGCAAAGUGAAGUCCCUGCUGAAGGCACACAGACCCAGCCGCAACACCUAGAUGCCAACACUUCCUCGCCGGACAGAAGCAAUGACAUUGAAAUGGACAGCAAAGUGCUCAUUGUCAGUAACAACAGCGAAAAGGGGGCCUUGCAGCCUUCUGUCAACACAACAGUUGCCCAACCAUUGCCAAGCACCCAACUCUACUUACGCCAGACAGAAACCCUCACCAGCAAUCUGAGGAUGCCGCUGACCCUGACCAGCAACACACAGGUCAUUGGCACAGCUGGCAACACCUACCUGCCCGCCCUCUUUACCACACAGUCUGCUGGCAGUGGACCUAAACCUUUCCUUUUCAGCCUGCCCCAGCCCUUAGCUGGCCAACAGACACAGUUUGUGACAGUGACCCAGCCUGGCCUGUCAACCUUUACUGCCCAGCUGCCAGCCCCACAGCCCUUGGCCCCAUCUGCGGGCCACAGCACAGCAGGUGGACAGGGUGAAAAAAAGCCUUACGAGUGCACUCUCUGCAACAAGACUUUCACCGCCAAACAGAACUAUGUCAAGCACAUGUUUGUACACACAGGUGAGAAGCCCCACCAGUGCAGCAUCUGUUGGCGCUCCUUCUCCUUAAAGGAUUACCUAAUCAAACACAUGGUGACGCACACCGGCGUGAGGGCCUACCAGUGCAGCAUCUGCAACAAGCGCUUCACCCAGAAGAGCUCCCUCAACGUGCACAUGCGCCUCCACCGUGGGGAGAAGUCCUACGAGUGCUACAUCUGCAAGAAGAAGUUCUCCCACAAGACCCUUCUGGAGAGGCAUGUGGCUCUGCACAGUGCCACUAAUGGCACGACCGGCGCAGCAGGCACCGGCAACAGGGCUGUCCCUGCCGGGGUGGUGGCCUGCACGGAGGGGACCACGUAUGUCUGCUCUGUCUGUCCAGCUAAGUUUGACCAAAUCGAGCAUUUCAACGACCACAUGAGGAUGCAUGUGUCAGACGGAUAA